GUAGGCGAACUUGCACAAUUGGUGGUUGACUAAAUACUUAUUUGCCCCACUGUAUACAUCCUUGUCCCCUCAGCAGUCGGUCCCAGGGCAUAUAAAGACAAACACUCACUUUCUCAUACACUUAUGGGCAAUUUUGAGUUCUCACUUAACCUGACAUCCAUUCUAAAAUUACAAAUUAAAAAAAUCCUGUAGAAACCCUGCAGGAACAUGGAGAGCCCAUGCAAACUUCAUUCAUUCGAGAUUUCUUUUAAUAUGAGUUGUAAGUGCAUGGUCGGUAGCUGAAGAAGGUUGGGUGAGGGGGGAUGGAUAAAAGAGAGGACAUUCCACCCUUCCUGUCAAUCAGUGCUACCAGAAGGGUCGCAAGAGAAACAAGUAAAAUGUCGCACCGCAGAGUGGGUUUCUACCUUAGUGAUAAGAAACGGAAAAGGAUGAAUCUGGAUGCCUUCGCAGAGCUUUGUGCGUAAGUUCGCUGACUGUCAUUAUUUGGAUAUCAGAUUCAUUUACGAUUGUAUCUUCAGAUUCCAUGCAAAUUACAACUAAAGUUCAACCACAGCAGGGCUCUGAUAACUGAGAAUAAAUUAUAAAUAAAUUUAACAAGCUCAAUGACUGUAUUCCUACAGUAUUUGAGGAUUAAUGUGUGUUUGUCAUGUAUAACAAUAAAACAACUCCAGAAUAGAAUACGAACCAAUUCAUUUUGUUCAUACAGGGAGCAUGGAGUGGAGGUGGUGGAGAUUGAUCUUACACAGCCACUAGAACCUCAAGGACCCUUCGAUGUCAUAGUUCACAAGCUGUCUGAUGUCAUUGUUGAGGCGGAGCAUGACAGUCAAUCCAAGCAGCUCUUGGUCAAUUUCCAGAGCUAUGUGUCAGCUCAUACAAGGACAGUUCUUCUGGAUCCCAUCCCUGCCAUGAGCCAAAUUCUAGACCGCUUUUCCUCUUACCGUAUCAUGGGCAAGCUGCACAAUUCACUCCGAGACUGGCAUAUUUGCAGUCCUCCAUAUGUCGAGGUCCACAGUGCCAGUGACAUGCCAUUCAUUCAACAGAACGUGACCAGUCAGAACCUUAGCUUUCCUCUCAUUUGUAAAACAAGAGUGGCACAUGGUUCUCUUUCCCAUGAAAUGUCGCUAAUCUUUAGUGCGGCAAGUCUGGCGGAGAUCCAUCCACCGUGUGUCCUCCAGAGUUUUGUCAACCAUGGAGCAGUACUGCACAAGGUGUUUGUGAUCGGAGAAAAACACUUCUGUGUUGAAAGGCCCUCACUUAAGAACUUCCCUUCUGGGCCAUGUGAAAGAGAGACCAUCUUCUUUAACAGCCAGCAAGUAUCCAAACCAGAGUCAAGCUGUGAUCUUACGGCUCUGGAUGAGCAAAUGUCCUGCAUGCCUCCUCCCAGCAGUGAGGCUGUGGCAGCCCUGGUCAGAGAACUGCGCGUUCAGCUGGGCAUGGCUCUCUUUGGUGUGGAUGUCAUCAUCAAUAUCCACACAUACACCCUUACUGUAAUUGACAUCAACGUCUUUCCAGGUAAAUUCAACAGUCACAUUCAAACGCAAGGCAUACUUAGAAAGAAGUGUUAUUUUCUCUUGUCAGGCUAUGAGGGCGUGCCCCAGUUUUUCACUUCCCUGCUCAGCCACAUUGAGUCAGUGUUGGACAAACAAGCUUCUGUUGGCUCAAAUGAGACAGCCAAGGUGAAAGGGGUGACAUCCACUGAUGCAAGUGGGCUGUGAGACGUCUCAGCAGCAUCGGUGCACAAAGGCGUCUACCAUCUAAGUUUAAAAAUUUGAAAUAGAUCAAUAGUAUAGGUGAUGUGAAGUGACUCUAAUCACAAGAUUAAAAAGGGAGGAAAGCAAGUGUGUUUAUAUACUUUUAUUGAUUCACGGUUAUUAUAGAAGACAAAGCAGGCACAAAACACAGCAUUCUAUUGGCCAGUAAUAUUACAUUGUUGCCCUGCAUUUAUACUAGUUUUUGAUGUGGUUAAUUUCCCUAAAAGCAAGACAUAUCAUUUUACAUUGCUGGUUAAUACAUCAUGAUCUAGAAUAUCACACAUAUAUACAAAAACAAUUCGAAAGUACAAUUCUUUGUGUUUUGAAGUCACCAAACAUCUCAUUGGAAUGAAUCGUACCAUCAUUCCUAUUAUUAUUUGUGUUCACGGAUUGUGACUAGGCUGUAUAGAAAAUACAUCAAACAAAUUAGAUGUGCACUUUAAUUACGUAUUAAAAUACCU